AUGGCUGGUGGCAACGUUGUUGAGAUUAAGACCGUCGCUGAGUGGAAGGCCAACGUCGUUGAGGCCCAGGGUCCGGUUGUUGUCGACUUCCACGCUACCUGGUGUGGUCCUUGCAAGGCCAUUGCCCCUGCUAUCGAGAAGCUGAGCGAGACCCACGAGAACAUCAAGUUCUACAAGGUUGAUGUUGACGAGCUCGGUGAGGUCGCCGCUGAGAACGGUAUCUCCGCUAUGCCUACCUUCCUUUUCUUCAACGGUGGUGAGAAGAUUGAGACUCUCCUGUAA